GCCGCAGCUCUCCUCAACCCGGAAGUUCCGGCCUUCCUCUUCCGGCGCGCCCACGUCCCUAGCGACGGCGGACACUUCCGCAUGGCAACCAUGGAGGAUGCUGUCGUUUUUAAAGUAUCUUUCACGUUCCCAAACAAAGAAAAGUAUGAAGGGGAAUGCAAAAAGACACCCGAGGGUUUGUUGCAGAGGAAUGGGCUCGGAGUUCAUACCAGUGCCAACGGAAUGAUGUACAUUGGUAGCUGGUUAAAUGACAAGAUGAAUGGUACUGGAAGGCUAGAACAUCCUUCUGGGGCUGUUUAUGAAGGCGAGUUCAAAGACAACAUGUAUCACGGGGCAGGAACCUACACAUUUCCAAAUGGAGCAAAGUACAUUGGACCAUUCAAUGAAAACAAGAUGGAAGGUGAAGGAGACUUCAUAGAUGAAAAUGGAGUGGUGUGGACUGGCACAUUCAAUGGCACCAAAGCAGCAGGACUGAAGCAUAAGCUGAAAAUGUAGCUAUUUGACACUGUCAAAAGCAACCCCAUUUGAUCUCACUCUAGGUUCAAUAGCUGUCAUUCAUUUCUUCAUGUAUUCAUUAAAAAUAAUGCCUUAGG